GUUACCGCGAAAUGUGGUCAUGGGUUGUGAUAGGACUGUGCUGCCGAAGAAAGACACGAGCAGUUCGUAAUAACAUUGGUGCCGAGGAGUUCGCACAUUAUCUGAUAACAACGGGCAAAUAACUCUGGACUUCAUUUUAACCGAAAUAUAGGCUAUAGCAUCUACCCCGACACAAUGUAACAUUUAACGAUAUAUAACCACCAAGGGGGACACUGCUGCGAUUGCGGGGCUGCGCUUUCUGGAGGAUUGACGACGCUUUUUGUAUCCCUAAUGGAAGAUCCUGAAAUGCUUUAUCGUGGAUAUGCUAUGCCGUUGUGAUUUUUCUGGUUGAACCGGGUUUUCCUCUUCUUGGAUAUAUAUUUUGGAAUCUUCGUUAAGCGAUUUCUGAUUCUGCAUAAUCGAACACAGGGAUAAAACAAUCUCGGUCUACCUCGCCAUAUCGCUACCCGGGAUUUAAAUUAUCACGUGUUAUAACAACGGAACCAUAAAUAGUAGCCUACAUCAAAAUUAAUGUGGCGACCCAAUCUUUAGCGAAUACAAUCUGGAUUGCAGAAUGAGCAGGGAAAGACCCAAGAGGAAUAUCAUUCAAAAGAAAUUUGAUGAUAACGAUGGCAUCCCCUGGUCGGAGGAGCGCGUGGUGCGCAGGGUGCUCUACCUCUCCCUCAAGGAGUUCAAGAGAGAACAGAAGAGCAAAGUGCUGGGGAAGGAAGGCCACGGCAAGGGGGGCAUUAAUGGUGUUUUAGCAAAUGGCCAUUUGAGUGGAUCGAGUUCCAGGUCAACAGCGUCCAAAGGGUUCACGGGCAGCUCCAAGGCGGACCGCUCCCGUCGCCUGGCCCCGAGUCAUGAUGGAGUCAGCGAAUCCUCAGAGGAGGGGCCCGUCCGCAAGAGGCCCAGACUGCAGGCCCAGAGGAAGUUUGCCCAGUCCCAGCCCAACUCCCCCACCUCCACGCCGGUCAAGAUGGUGGAGACCAUGCCGCCCAGCCCCGUGCCCCCUCUCAGUGAGCUCUCCAAGCGCCGGCCCAAGACUGAGGACUUCCUCACCUUCCUCUGUUUACGAGGUUCUUCGGCGUUACCCAGCAGCAUGGUCUACUUUGGUACUGCCCAGGAGGACGCCGACGUGGAGGAGGACGACGAGGAGGGGGAUCAGGAGACGGAGGCAGCGGGCAGCGAGGCGUCCACGUCCUGUCAGUCCACACCGCGGAAACACAAAUCACCUGGCAAACCCACCGCCAACGGCCACGGUAUUUUCAGUGGCCAGGCCAAAGCCGCGGGAGUGAAGGAGGUGAGCCUGCGGUCCAGGGGGAAGGAGACCCCCCAGGCGAGGGACAGGAGCCAGAGGGAGCAACGCUCCGACCACGGCGCCCCGGCUCGCGCCUCCACCACCCACAACCUGAGGCCUAGCCGGGCGGUGCAGGAGCGGCCACUGCAGGUUUCUAGAAUGAAUGGAGCAUUGCGGGAAUCUUCCACCAGCACGCGGAAGGCAAAACAUCCCCUCCCCCCGCCUCCGCCGCCACCACCGCCGACCAAAGCUGUGAAGUACCCCAAGGGCCACGUCACCUACACCAAAGCGAGGUUGCUCAAGGAGGCCAAGCUCAACCCGGGCGCCCGCACCAGCCAGUCGGCCACCUCACGCACCAACAGCCACAGCCACGCCAGCAACACCAGCCAGCCCCCCCACAAAAUCAACUCAGGAAAAGCCAGACAGAGCAGCCAGGUCAAGACCGUCCGAGCGGCGCUACCCCCCAAGGCCGACGGCUGCUCGCGGCUCAAUGGCAGGAGCAGCGGCAGAGGCGAGGCAGCCGGGGAGACACGCCAGGUGCCGCGUCAGCCACCGCCGCCGCGGCGUAACGGACUCAGGCAGUCAAAGAGACAGCUGGAGGCGGCCGGGGGAGGCACUAGCCCGGCCAGGAACAGUCCAGAGGUGGGCAUCAAAAAGGUCAAAGUGCAGGUGGUGUCUCCGGAGACAAGCUGCAAGAAGGCUGACGCUGUUCCAGCCGAGCCACACGUGCCGGAGAAGGUCGCCGCGGAGACAGCCGCAGAGACGGCAUCGGCCGUGCCCAGCAACGGCGACGCGGCGGCGGCGGGCAGCCAGCAGACGGCGGCCUCCCAGAGGCCCAAGCGGGUGUCGGCCGGGCGGCUGAUGUUUACCCGCCAGGCUCAGCCCAGGCCACCGCCUCCGCCACUGCCACCCUUCCAGCCGCCGCAGCCCAAAACUGCCCCGACGCCACCAGCACUGCCGCCGCCCGCCGAGCCCCCGAAACCGGCCGAGCCCAAAGCGGCCCGCGAGAGGGAGCGGGGCAAGCGAGGCGCUGGCACGGGCACCAGGACAGGGGCGGACACAGGGGCGGGCACCAGGACAGGGGCGGACGCAGGGGCGGGCACUGGGACGGGGACGGGGGCGGACGCAGGGCCGGGGCAAGGGCCGUUCGAAGGCGUGACGGACGUGCCGGUGUUCGAGCCGUCGGCGCAGGAGUUCCAGGACCCGCUGGCGUUUGUGGCGCGCGUGCGGGAGCGGGCUGAGCCGUUCGGACUGUGCCGGAUGGUGCCGCCCCCCUGCUGGCGGCCCGAGUGCAAGCUGAAGGACGAGAUGCGCUUCGUCACGCAGGUGCAGCACGUGCACAAGCUCGGACGCCGCUGGGGCCCCAACGUCCAGCGGCUGGCCUGCAUACGCAAACACCUCCGCACACAGGCCAUCUCCCUGGAUGAGCCCCCACUCAUCGGGGGCUGCGAACUGGACCUUGCUCGCUUCUUCCAGCUCAUCAACGACAUGGGCGGCAUGCAGCAGGUGAGCGACCUGAAGAAGUGGAGCCGCCUGGCCGACCUGCUGGGCAUCCCCAAGUCGGCGCAGGACCGCCUGGCCAAGCUGCAGGAGGCCUACUGCCAGUACCUGCUCUCCUACGACUCGCUGCCCGCUGCCGAGCGCGCCCGCCUGGAGUGCGAGGUCCUCGCCGACAAGGAGCAGCUCGAGAGGCACAAGGGGCCCCUGGAGGGCCAGGCUGACCACUCCCAGCAGGCCCUGCUGCUGCUGCCGCGCAGCGAGCCCAAGAACGGCCUGCUCAAUGGCGUGCUGCACCCGAACGGCGCGCACCACCACCAGGGCAGGCUGAGGGAGCUGCAGCUGGACACGGGCGGGAAGGCCAGCGGCGCCAGCGGCACCAGCAACGGCAGCAGUAGCCGGCGGAGGACGGCGUCACAGGAGAAGAGAGCAGGAGGAGGAGGUGAAGAGGAGGAGACCGAGCAACAGGGUGGUGUACUGAGUGACCAACAUAAGUGCGUCUACAGGGGGAAAUCCAUGUCCCUCACAACAUUCUUCAGGACAGCAAGGAACACCAUGAACAUGUGCUUCAGCAAGGAACCUGACGCAGCGGAGGUAGAGGAGGAGUACUGGAGGAUCGUGGAGGAAAGGGAAAGCCAUGUUGCAGUGCAUUGUGGGAGGAUUGACACUAAGACACAUGGGAGCGGCUUCCCUAUGGGCAAGUCUGAGCCAUUUUCAAAGCAUGGAUGGAACCUCACUGUCCUUCCCAAUAACUCAGGAUCCAUCUUACGUCACCUCGGUGCUGUGUCUGGAGUGACCAUCCCCUGGUUGAACAUUGGCAUGGUUUUUUCUACCUCAUGCUGGUCUCGGGACCAGAACCGCCUUCCGUACAUAGAUUACCUACACACUGGUGCUGACUGUAUUUGGUACUGUAUUCCCGCUGAGGAGAAGACGAAACUUGACAAAGUAGUUCACACACUGCUGCAGGCCAAUGGGACUCCGGGACUGGAGAUGCUGGAGAAAGGCAUCAUGAUCUCCCCCGAGGUGCUGUGUCGAGAGGGCAUCCGAGUCCACCGCACGGUCCAGAAGAGUGGCCAGUUCAUGAUCUGCUUCCCAGGGACGUUCGUGGCCAAGGUGUGCUGUGGGUACAGUGUGUCGGAGACGGUGCACUUUGCCACUGCCCAGUGGAUGACCAUGGGCCAUGAGGCUGCUAAGGAACUGAAGCGUCGUCGGAUGGAGGAGCCGUUUUCCACGGAGAGGCUGCUUUACAAGAUGGGCAUGUUUGAGUCCAGACGGGAGAACAAACUUUUGCAGAGUACAAUCUCCUCACUUCUCAGAGAUCUCAGGGACACAGAGAUUAGCCAACGGCAGGAUCUGUUCAAGGCCGGGCUGCGUUCGUCGGCGCGCUACCGGACGCUGGACAGCAGCCAGCCCCCCACGGAAGGCCGGAAGAAGCCGAGCGCGCGGUUGGCCGAGGACACCUCAGACCGGCGCUGCCAGACCUGCCAGCACCUGUGCUACCUGUCCAUGGUGGUCCAGGAGAGCGAUAACGUGGUGUUCUGUCUGGAGUGCACGCUGCAUCUGGUCCAGAAGCGACGCUCCUCCAGGGGUCUGAAGAUGAUGUACCGCUACGACGAGGAGCAGAUGAACAGCCUGCUGAGCCGCGUGAGUGGGAGGGUGCAGGAGAGGAGCAGCGAGAGGAGGAGGGCGGAGCCUCAGGCCCAGGCCCCAGCUCCGUGCCCAACACCAGCACAGCGCAGCCCCCGUGCUGCCAGGAGAUCCACCCAGACCCCCAAACACACCGCCAGCCCUCAGAUGUGACCCCCUACACACACACACACACACACACACACACACACACACACACACACACACACCUCAAUCACCUGAUACACUCCACCUUUCAACUUUCUGAAAAACAAUCCCCCACUCUUACACACACCAACCCUCAGCAUUAACACACACAUACACACAAAUACCUUCCCAACAGAGAUGGAGGACCUCUUCCCUGAAAGCACGAAAAAUCUUUUUGCACUAGUUCUGAGGUCAACUGUUUCUCUUUUUUAUCGUUAUUUUAUAUGAGUUUGUUGUUUUUUUUAGAUCUGAGUAUUUUCUGGUUGUUUUAGCAUUAAGUUGAAUAUAGAUCUAUACGUAAAUACCAAUAUAUCUAUCGAAUUACCUUCUGUUUUGUGCUCAAAUGGUGCUGUAGUUUCACUCUCUUCCACACUAGGCCUGCCUGCUCUCCUCCUCUAGACGCCCCCUGCAGGUCACCCCCCGCAGUGAAAAAAAAAAAAAAUCAGCCAGGAAGUGCAGACUGAGGUUACUACAAAGAAGUCACACAGCAGUUUUAAAUAUAAGCUAUUUUGUAAAUCAGAAAGUCAAAUUAUUAUUAUAAAAGAGACACCUUCCCGCUGGCCCCAAAGUCAGCAAAAUUAGAAAAUGCCAUGAAAACGUUUCAGACCUAUGAAUAAGGUUUCUAAGAAAUGAAGCCAUUAAUUUUAAGCUUUAUUAUAAAUACUAGGAUACUACUUUAUUUCAGUUGUAAGAAAUAAGAACCCCAACCCACACAACCCCCCCCCCCUUGACAUUAUGUCAUGCAAAUUAGAUUUUACCAAAAAAAAACAAAAAAAACAAUAAAACCCACACAGAUGCUAAAAUUACCCUUGUUACACUUGUGCUAAGCCAAUACCUUAUCUUUUUGUGCUCUAAACUCAAGCUGAGGGAGAGCAUGGUGGGUGGUUCGAGGCGAAUCGACGGUGAAGACGAAGGGUAUUAGCCUUACUCACCCUUUUGGAACCUUCACCUGCCUCGGCGAGUCCUCCGCAGGGUCACGCUUGUAACAUAUAUAAAUAAGUGCUGCUUAAAUCAUGAAGUAUGGCAUAGUGGUGGUCCCUAGUUUUUUAGCUUUAAUUUUAUAAUAAAAAGGGAAAUGUUAAAAUAAUAAUAAUAAUAAUAAUAAUAAUACAUAAUUAUAACAAUAAUAAUAAUAAUAAUAUAGGUACAGUAGUAGCUCCUGUUGUUGCACUGGCACCCGAUUCUUUAAUCCCAACUUUAUCGUUGCUUCCCUAAAAAUUACUGAACUGUAUUAGAGAUAAUCAAACACAGAGUUUAGUGUUUUCCAGAGUUGUGGUUGUCUAGUUUUUGUUUGUUUUUUAAGGCCUUACAGUGUUUUAUGAUGUUUUUUUUUUUUUACAGUAAACCUUGCUUGUCUUACAUUUUAUUUAUAAGCACUGAAUUUUCCGCUCUCCUAUCAAAAGUUAUGUUAUUACAGUUUUUUCACUUUGCAGGUUUGUACUUCUAAGUUUGAAUAAAUAAACUAUUCCACUGUCAA